UUUCUUCAACUACAGAGAGAGAAAAACAAGAGAGAAAAAACUCUGACCAGUUUUUUUUGAAAAUGGUGGGAAGCUCAACUUCUUCCAAAUCACCUCGUUCCACGUCACCUUUCCGACCAAAGAAAGGGUCUCCGUCGCCGUUUUCUUCGCCGGCGGUUAAGAAUGUUGCCGGACGUCCGGCAAGUCCGGCGUCGGAGCGUUCCGAGUUUAGUAAACCUAAAGAGAAUGUUACUGUUACUGUUCGAUUUCGUCCUCUCAGUGCGAGAGAGAUGAAGCUAGGGAAUGAGAUAGCGUGGUAUGCGGAUGGAGAUUGUACAGUUCGGAAUGAGAAUAACCCUAACAUUGCUUAUGCAUUUGAUAGAGUAUUUGGUCCUGCAACAACCACACGCCAUGUAUAUGAUGUUGCCGCUCAUCAUGUUAUAAAUGGUGCUAUGGAAGGAAUAAAUGGUACUAUCUUUGCAUACGGAGUUACUAGUAGUGGGAAGACGCACACAAUGCAUGGGGUGCAGAAGUCACCUGGAAUCAUCCCAUUAGCAGUGAAGGAUGUCUUUGAAAUCAUACAGGAGACACCUGGCAGGGAGUUUCUUCUUCGUGUUUCUUAUCUGGAAAUCUACAAUGAGGUUAUCAAUGACUUGCUGGAUCCAGCAGGACAAAACUUACGAAUCCGAGAAGAUACUCAGGGAACUUACAUCGAAGGAAUUAAAGAUGAAGUUGUACUCUCGCCUGCUCAUGCAUUAUCCUUGAUUGCUACUGGUGAAGCACAUAGACAUGUUGGCUCCAACAAUUUCAAUUUACUUAGCAGUCGAAGUCACACCAUUUUCACUUUGACCAUUGAAAGCAGUUCACAUGGGCAAAGUCCAGAGGAAGAAGAUGUUUCACUAUCUCAGUUGCAUUUGAUUGAUCUUGCUGGGUCUGAAAGUUCAAAGAUUAUAACAAAUGGAUUACGUAGAAAAGAAGGCUCAUACAUAAAUAAAAGUUUGCUAACUCUUGGCACUGUAAUCUCUAAGCUUACCGAUGGAAAAGCAGCUCAUAUUCCUUACCGUGAUUCAAAGCUCACCCGUUUGUUGCAGUCGUCUCUCAGUGGCCAUGGACGAAUUUCACUUAUCUGCAACGUGACCCCUGCCUCUGGCCACAGCGAAGAAACUCACAAUACUUUGAAGUUUGCACACAGGAGCAAACAUGUAGAAAUAAAGGCUUCUCAAAAUAAGAUAUUGGACGAAAAAUCCCUCAUUAAGAAGUACCAAAAGGAAAUUUUAAGUCUAAAGCAAGAGCUUCAGACACUAAAGCAUGGCAUAACAGAGGACCCAUGUGAGGAUCCAUGUGUGAGUGUGUCAACACCAGAAGAUUUGGUUAGCUUAAAGCUGCAGGUGGAAGCAGGUCAGGCUAAGUUGCAGUCUAACAUGGAGGAGGAGGAGGAGGACCAAGCUAAAGCGGCUCUUACGGGAAGAAUUCACCGGCUUACAAAAUUAAUUUUGGUUUCAACAAGAAAUACUUCAGGAACAAACAUCCCCCGAAAGGCGGCUGUCUAUACAAAAAUGCAUUCAUUUGCAGAAGAUGAGCUUGCACAUUUACCCGAUAGGACGAGGGAAUAUGUAAUUUGUGGUGAUGAUGAUGGUGAUGGAAGUCUGGAUCCUGAGGUUCCAGUUCAGGAAUGUGCCAAUGCUAACAAUCUGCAUGAGACAGUUAAGGAUGACAAGAAGAGUAAAAAAAAAGGAAUGCUUGGAUGGUUUAAAUCAAGAAAGCCUGAGCAUGUUGUUGGAUUGUCUCCAGCUGGCGCUGAUGGUCAGACUUCAACUAGUGGAACUCCUUUAUCUGGUUCCACCCCCUCAAAAAAUAGAGUAAUGGCUUCUGAUGGAAAAGACAAACAGAGGAAAUUAGUCAAAAGGAGGCAGGGCGAUAUUCCAGCUACAGACUCGUCUACAGAAAAAGGCCAAACUGACGAAUUAUUUAGCACUGGAGUUGGGAUUUCUCAUAUGGAUCCGACUGGAACAACCAUUACAGAUCAGCUGAAUUUUCUUCAUGAGCAAGUGAAACUGCUUGCUGGAGAUGUUGCACUGUGUACCGAAUCUCUUAAAAGACUGUCGGAGGAAGCGAUAAACAACCCAGAAGAUUCUCGGGAUGAGGAGCAAAUACAGAAGUUGAAGAAUAUAAUCACUGAAAAAAAGCUGCAAAUACAUCAGCUGGAGCAACACACUAUUGCAUCACUGGAAACAGCUCCACAAAGGUCGAGUAAGUCUGAGUUAUCUCAGGCUUUAUCCAAGCUUUCUACUCAGUUGAAUGGGAAAACUAUUGAACUUGAGAUCAAUUCAGUGGAUAAAAGAAUUCUUCAGGAACAAUUACAAAGGAAGAUUUCAGAAAACGCUGAGAUGCAAGAAACCAUUCUUCUACUUAGGCAGCAAGUUAGCACAUUGUCAGAUAUAUGCUCUGUCUGUCCAGAAGGACAAAGUCGGUCUGCUAUGCUCAAUUCUGAUUCUAGCAAUUCAGAUGAGAAAAACAAGGGAGGGAAGGAUUCACCUCUUGAUGCAACUACACCUACUAGUGUGAUAAAUUUGAAUCGGAUCUUUGCUCAGGAUGAAUCAAAAGAUUGCAAGAAUGCUACAAAUUCGAACUUACAGGCUUCUAAAAUAGAGAAUCUGAAGCAAGAGAAUGCGAUAUUAGCUGAAGAAAAGGUUGGACUUGAAAUUCACAGCCAAAAACUAGCAGAAGAGGCUUCAUAUGCAAAAGAAUUGGCUGCAGCCGCAGCAGUUGAGCUUCAACAUCUGACUGGAGAAGUAACUAGGCUGUCAUAUCAGAAUGCCGAGUUGAUUGGUGAGCUGAGUUCUACAAAAGAGGCCCAUUCCGGAUCUGGGUGCUGUCAACAUUUGUCUGAUGUGAAAGAAAGAUGCAGUGAUUAUGCUAACAUUGAUGCAAGCUCAAGGAAAUUAGAAUACGAGCAGUUGGUUGAGUACUUGCAAAAUGAACUUAAUGUUAGAUACCAGAGAGAAGCCAUGCUAGAAGCUGCUUUGUCUGAGAAGGAACAAGUACAACAUGAGCUGGAUAAACAACUGAAUGAGGCAAAGAGGCAUGGUGAGGUUUUAGAGAAUGACAUGGAAAAUAUGUGGGCUCUCGUAGAAAACAUGAGGAAAACUGGCACAGAGAUUGAUGACGCCAUAUCUCACAGGAUUGGUUCAUCUGAUUAUAGAUCAGGUGAGGUUUCAGUUGGAAUUUCUUCAAAGAGUAGCUUAUUAUCAGCAGAAAGUCAAGUUUCUAGAAAUUUGGACAAGAUAAGCUCAGUUGGUGCCAGCUAUUCGAAAGAAACGGAAAGGUCCCGAGAAAUACAGAGGCUAAUUUCAAGACUGAAGGGUGAAGACUUGUCUGGCCUUGAUAUGGCUACUCUUGAAGAAUUGCAAAAUGUUCAUGUUGAAGCUAUAACCAAGAUUUGCCAAGCAAAGUGCGCUAAUCAUAUAUUGUAGCAGGCCAGCAGAUAGCCCUUCAAAUAGGAAGUCUGAAAUUUUUGUGGUAUACGGCGUAUUGGUGUGAUACAACAUCAAAUAAAUAUUUGUAGAUCAAAUUUCAAAUUUGAUGCAGCAGGAUGGUCUUUUGGAGAUUAGAGAGUAUAUAAAUACCAACUAUCCAUUCUGCAUUAGUGCAUUCCGAUAUUUAUCAGGGCUUAAAACUGGCAUAAUGUAGGUAAUACUAACAACUUUUGGCAAACGUGCAAUUGGAAUUUUUCAUCUUUGUACAGUCUAAAACCCCAAGAACAUACGCUUUUCUGGCGAGAGCUACGUAUUGAACUGAACCGACUCUUGGGACUUGCUGACCAGUUUUUUGUGAGGAGCAUUUCAUUCAUAUUAUUUUGUAUCCGGAAUGUAUUUUGUAAUAAUCUUGUGGCUUACUGGUGUAAAACACUUGAACUAAACAUUGACCAAUGUAACUGUAUAUGUAUAUACGCGUAUUUUCGAAACUGAAAGAUGUUAUUGUAAAUUGUAUGUUAGUUUAUGUGUAAUCCUUUCUAUGAAAUCAAUCUGAGGAACUCAUUGGGUCUUCAGUUA